ACGCGCGAGCCUCGGCGGCCCGGAACCGGCCUUGGAACAGCGGAGGAUCCUGAGGCCGCUCGCCCUCCCGCCCCAUGGAGCGGCCCCCGGGGCUGCGGCCGGGCGCGGGCGGGCCCUGGGAGCUGCGGGAGCGGCUGGGGCAAGGGCGGGGGUGGGGGAGUGUGUGUGUGUUCCAGCACUCAGAACUUGAUCGCAAAAUAGCAAUUAAAUCUUGUCGCCUAGAACUAAGUACAAAAAACAGAGAAAGAUGGUGCCACGAGAUCCAGAUCAUGAAGAAGUUGAAUCAUGACAAUGUUGUAAAGGCCUGUGAUGUUCCUGAGGAAUUGAAUUUUUUGAUUAAUGAUGUGCCUCUUCUAGCAAUGGAAUACUGUUCUGGAGGAGAUCUCCGGAAGCUACUCAACAAACCAGAAAAUUGUUGUGGACUUAAAGAAAGCCAGAUACUUUCUUUACUAAGUGAUAUAGGGUCUGGAAUUCGAUAUUUACAUGAAAACAAAAUUAUACAUCGAGAUCUAAAACCUGAAAACAUAGUUCUUCAGGAUGUUGGUGGGAAGAUAACUCAUAAAAUAAUCGAUCUGGGUUAUGCCAAAGAUGUUGAUCAAGGAAGUUUGUGUACAUCUUUUGUGGGAACACUGCAGUAUCUGGCUCCAGAGCUCUUUGAGAAUAAGCCUUACACAGCCACUGUUGAUUAUUGGAGCUUUGGGACCAUGGUGUUUGAAUGUAUUGCUGGAUAUAGACCUUUUUUGCAUCAUCUACAGCCAUUUACCUGGCAUGAGAAGAUUAAGAAGAAGGAUCCAAAGUGUAUAUUUGCAUGUGAAGAGAUGACAGGAGAAGUUCGGUUUAGUAGCCAUUUACCUCAACCAAAUAGCCUUUGCAGUUUCAUAGUGGAACCCAUGGAAAACUGGCUACAGUUGAUGCUGAAUUGGGACCCUCAGCAGAGAGGGGGACCUGUGGAUCUUACUUUGAAGCAGCCAAGAUGUUUUCUAUUAAUGGAUCACAUUCUGAAUUUGAAGAUAGCACAUAUCCUAAAUAUGACUUCUGCAAAGAUAAUUUCUUUCCUGUUACCACCUGAUGAAAGUCUUCAUUCACUGCAGUCUCGUAUUGAACGUGAAACUGGAAUAAAUACUGGUUCUCAAGAGCUUCUUUCAGAGACAGGAAUUUCUCUGGAUCCUCGGAAACCAGCCUCUCAGUGUGUUCUAGAUGGCGUUAGAGGCUGUGAUAGCUAUAUGGUUUAUUUGUUUGAUAAAAGUAAGACUGUAUAUGAAGGGCCGUUUGCUUCCCGAAGCCUGUCUGACUGUGUAAAUUAUAUUGUACAGGACAGCAAAAUACAGCUUCCAAUUGUACAGCUGCGUAAAGUAUGGGCUGAAGCAGUGCACUAUGUGUCUGGGCUCAAAGAAGACUACAGCAGGCUCUUCCAGGGACAAAGAGCAGCAAUGUUAAGUCUUCUUAGAUAUAAUGCUAACUUGACAAAAAUGAAGAACACUUUGAUCUCUGCAUCACAGCAACUGAAAGCUAAAUUGGAGUUUUUCCACAAAAGCAUUCAGCUUGACUUGGAGAGAUACAGCGAGCAGAUGACUUACGGGAUAUCUUCAGAAAAAAUGCUAAAAGCAUGGAAAGAAAUGGAAGAAAAGGCCAUCCAUUACGCUGAGGUUGGUGUCAUUGGAUACCUAGAGGAUCAGAUUAUGUCCUUGCACACUGAGAUCAUGGAGCUACAGAAAAGUCCCUACGGAAGACGUCAGGGAGACUUGAUGGAAUCUUUGGAACAGCGUGCCAUUGAUCUGUACAAGCAGCUAAAGCACAGGCCUUCAGAUCACUCCUACAGCGACAGCACCGAGAUGGUGAAGAUCAUUGUGCACACUGUACAGAGUCAGGACCGGGUUCUCAAGGAGCUGUUUGGUCAUCUGAGCAAGUUGUUGGGCUGUAAGCAGAAGAUUAUCGAUCUUCUCCCCAAGGUGGAAGUGGCCCUCAGUGACAUCAAAGAAGCUGACAGUGCUGUCAUGUUUAUGCAAGGAAAAAGGCAGAAAGAAAUAUGGCAUCUCCUUAAAAUUGCCUGUACACAGAGUUCUGCCAGGUCCCUUGUAGGAUCCAGUCUAGAAGGCACAGUAACCCCUCAGGCGUCAGCAUGGCUGCCUCCAACCUCAGUAGAACGUGAACGUCCUCAGUCAUGUGUGGUAACUCCUCAAGAUGGGGAGACUUUAGCACAAAUGAUAGAAGAAAACUUGAACUGUCUUGGCCAUUUAAGCACUAUUAUUCAUGAAGCAAGUGAGGAACAGAGAAAUAGUAUGAUGAAUCCUGACUGGAGUUGGUUAACAGAAUGACUUGCCACUUGUUCACUCUCUCCAUCCUCUGAAGCUGCUGCUGCACAUGUUGGAAAAUUGUUUUUCCCUCACGAAACCAUCCUUCAGAUACCAGUCAGUGGAAGAAAUGGCUGUGAUCAAAAACUAUAUGUGACUUCACAAGCACAAUAUUUUGAUUUUGAGUAAUUUUAACCUCUGAACAGAUAGGAUUUUAUAAAAAGCCAAUGGACUUA